GCCAGCGGUUGUAUUUUAACUUUAAAUCUGCUAUCGGACCCCCGGAGCGUGUCGGAAAGACUCGGUUCAUGUUUGCCCAGGAGCAUUCAGUUGGAAUGUGGGGAAAGUGAGAGGAUGGAGAGCGAAGAUUGCAUGGAGGCAGUUAGCUUCGGAUGCUAGCUCGCUAGCCUGCGAGACCGUAUCGCCCUGUUGUCUCCGCCCCCGAGGGAAGGUCUGUGAGUCAGCGCUGAUAAGAGGCAGCAUGAGUGCAAGCUGCUCACUGUGGAUGACACACUUUCAAAGUUCUUGUGGCCACGCCCUUCUUGACUUCAUUCCUCUGCACACACACGCACCAGCCAGGAUCCUCACACACUGUUGGACUUUCAGCAAGUUGUCCUGAAGCUGCCAGGAUUAGUCUCUCUUUACGCCUGAAUGGAGGGAAAAAGUCUCGUGUCUCAAUUUAAUCACCUUCUCUGUGCUGGGGGAGGUCAAAGGAAAUGGUGAUAAUUGCCUUUUCUGGUCAGUGAAGAAGAGGAAGCAAAGAGUAUGGAAGUCAACGGGGAAGUCAGUGAUUCUGACAGCGGCAUCAUCCUUCACUCUGGCUCGGACAGCCCGACGUCUCACGCGAAGGACGUCAGCACGCACACGCGGGCCAUGAGGCUCAAGCACCAGGCGCUCCAAGAGCGACUGGACCUGUGCCUCCUGGAGCUGAAGAAGGUCUGCAUCCGAGAAGCUGAGCUGACGGGCCGGCUGUCAGGAGAUUAUCCUCUGCUGCCGGGAGAGAAACCUCCCCACAUCCGCAAACGCAUCGGAGCUGCUUUCCUGCUGGACAAGCACAGCAUCCCCGGGGGAGGCCAGAUGAAAGAGUCCGCCCUGAACCAGGUGGACGCCGAGUUGGCUCUCCAGUUCAAGAUCUACGAGGCGGCGCGUCAGCUGUGCCAGGACCGGCACCUGGCCAAGGCUGUGAGGAAGAGUCGCCUGAAGCAGUGCAGGUGUGAGGAGAAGAAGCUGCGACAUCUGCAGGAGACCGCCUUCCAACUGCGGCUGGAGCACGGCCGCUCAUCACCGCUUCCUGCUUUCAGCCUCCCACUGCAAGAUCUUGGAGCUUCUGACGACAGCUCCUUGUCUGACUCGGUGGUCCAGGAUGAAGAAGUAGCCAGCGAGUCUUCAGGACUUCUAUAUUCCAGAGAGAUGGACCCACAAGCGCCAGUCUGCGAGUCCUCAGAAUCCCACACAGACUCCCCCCUACCCGUCACCCAGCGUGGCACCAGCCCCGCCGCCUACGACCCUCCUCCCAUUCAGCACUCGCCUUGGUCUGAGUCGAGCCUGGACCAGCCGUACCAGAAGAAGUCACGUUCCUCCUGCAAGGCCAGUCCCACUAAGGCGGAGUUGCUCCCACCACUGGAGGCCGACCUGGCACAUUCAAGUCUGCCCCAGCAACUGUCCCGUCUGAAAGUCAGCCGCACGCAGUCCGGCGGCACGCCCUCCACGCCACAGCUGCGUGUGCACCGCCAGCUCUCCCUCAGGAUGUCCAAUGAGUCCCCACUCCUGGUGGAAAAGGAGCGUGGUCGCACCAGAGGUCCCAGGCGGCGACUGAUCGACGACAACACAACCUCGGCGGACGCUCCUCCCCUCCUGUUGAGUCGUGUAAACGACGCUUGGUCCGAGGACAGCAACUCCGAGCACUCGUUUGCGUCCUACACCAGCUCCCCCACUGCACCUAGACACUACCAUGCAGGGUUCUACCACAGUCCCAGGCUCCGGGGCCACCAGGUCUACCACAACGAGGACGUGGUCUACCCUCCGUACGUGGACACGCCUUGGACCUACCGCACCCGGCGGUCUCCCGGUCUGCCCGACGGCUACGAGUACCGCUACCAAGACGCCCCCGCAGCCCCGCAGAGAGCACAGAGGCGUUUGGCUCCUGACGGCGGACACUCGCCACAGUGGGAUCCCCCACGGCAGGUGGUCAGCGAGCAGCUGAAGUCCUGGCACCGGCGCAGUCAGCUCAAAGGACCCAGGUCAAGGUCGCUUGACAGGCAGGGAGCGGUCAGGGUGAAAAGCACGGCGGUUCGGGAGUUGCCCCGGAACCAGAAUCCGAGGUACCACGAGCAGCAGGUCAUCCAAAGAAGAGAUCUUCAGAUGUCUGCCGACGACUCUCAAGGACCCUGGCUGGUGGACCACAGCACUCACUAUGUGAGCCAAGUGUGAAACCUGGACUCCCCCCAGGAUCCGACUGGAUUACCUGCCAACAAAUCACUUUGGAAGUCAAGGCCAGAAGAAAUAUUGGCAGAUUUCUCGUGACCUUGAGGAAACUAAUGAACUGAAGAGUUGAAUAAGCACAACUCACGUCUGUGGGGGAAAACACAACAUUUUUGUAAAUGUUUAUUUACACACCUUAAUUGUUUCCAAACGGCAGUAAAACGGAUGAUCAAACAAAACAUAAGUCAUCGUCAUGGACCCACUAGCUGCGCAAGCUACUCCCCAAUCAGCUUAACAGACUCAAUAACUUCUAAAUCGUCCAGAAAAGAUAGCCCAUAAUAGCGUAUUUUCCGGACUAUAGAGCUCACCGAUAUUUAAGCCGCACCCACCAAAUGUUUUGAAAAUAAAAUGUUUCCAUAUAUUAGCCGCACCGGACUAUAAGUCGCAGAUAUAUACGUUGUGAAAUUAGUUAUUUACUCAGAAAUAUUCUGUAAAUGUUUAUUUACAUACCUUAAUCUUUUCCUAACGGUGUCUGUGACACGGCAGUAAAACGACUGACCAAACAAAACAGAAGUCAUCUACAUGGACCCACUAGCUGCUGAAGCUAGCUCUCCAAUCAGCUAAACAGAUUCAAUAACUCCACGGUGACGUUUUGGUGAAUUUACUGAGGAAUUUGUGAAACUGAAACAAUACAAAAAAAUGCCGUUGUAAGUUAAUAAUACUAACACAGACACUCGUAAACGUGUUAGCAUAUUAGCUAAGGGUAACGACACUGGCUUCAUUACAUUACGAUAGAAAGUACAAAUGAAAGCGCUCCUACAGACAUCACACAUGGGACGGUUUAGUAAUUAAGAAUUGUUUUAGUUAUAUUGUAAAACUUACAAAUGCUGAUGAAUGAAGAAUCUUUAUGAGUAGAAACGCUAUAAACACCUGCAGUCAGCGAACUCGUCCCUAAGACGUUGCUAUAGCAGAAACAGUUACUCCUUUGUCGGUGUUAAAAACUAUUUGUUGAAUACAAAACAUGAUGGUCAUUGGCCAAGAAAAAUCCAUAAGUCAGCCGCGUUGUUUUGUAAGUCGCAGGAUUCAAAGCGUAUGGGAAAAAAAGCAGUGGCUUAUAGUCCGGAAAAGACGGUAACACUGAUCGGAUUUUUUUUUGUUACGGGUCACAAACAUCAUAGACAAAUGAACUGAAAAUGGUUUGCAUCUCGCUGCGUCUGACCUGAGACCUGCAGUUAGCAGUGUCGACUUGUAUGAAAAAUGUCCGCCACUAUUAUAAAAACAUGUCAUUACGAUAGCACAUACAAAUAUCCAUGAAAACACUCCUACAGACAUCACACAUGGGACGCUUUAGUAAGUAAGAAUUGUUUUAGUUAUAUUGUAAAACUUACAAGUGCCGCUUGGAAUGAUGAAUGAAGAAUCUUUACGAGUAGAAACGCUAUGGACACCUGCAGUGAGCGAACUCAUCCCAAAGACGUCGCCAUAGCACAAACAGUUACUCUUUUAUCGGUGUUAAAAACUAUUUUUUGAAUACAAAACAUGAUAUCCGUCGGCCAAGAAAAAAACAUAAAUUAGCCGCGUCGUUUUGUAAGCCGCAAGGUUCAAAGCGUAUGGAAAAAAGUAGCGGCUUAUAGUCCGAAAAAAACGGUAAGACUGGUUGGGUUUUCUUGUGUAACGGGUCACAAACAUCACAGGAAAAAAAUAACUGAAAAUGGUUUGCAUUUCCCUGACCUGAGACCUGCAGUUAGCAAUGUCGACUUGUAUGAAAAAUGUCCGCCACUAUUGUAAAAACAUGUCAUUACGAUAGCACAUACAAAUAUCCAUGAAAACACUCCUACAGACAUCACACGUGGGACGCUUUAGUGAGUAAGAAUUGUUUUAGUUAUAUUGUUAAACUUACAAAUGCCGCUUGGGGUGAUGAAUGAAGAAUCUUUACGAGUAGAAACGCUAUGGACACCUGCAGUGAGCGAACUCAUCCCCAAGACAUCGCCAUAGCACAAACAGUAACACCUUUUUCGGUGUUAAAAACUAUUUGUUGAACACAAAAUUAUUACAUUAUUAACAUUAUCAUCAAUCAAUCAAAGUUUAUUUAUACAGCCCUUAAUCAAAGUGUCUCAAAGGGCUGUAAAAGUCACAACGACAUCCUCGGCUCAGAUCCCACAUCAGGGCAAGAAAAAAGUCAACCCAAUGGGCACAUUGAGAAACCUCGGAGGCGACCGCAGAUGUGGGGAUCCCCCUGGGCGACCGGUGCAAUGGAUGUGGAGGGGAUCUAGUUAAUAAUGUGAGAGUCCAGUCCAUAGUGGGGCCAACAGGGGUCAUCUUGAAUGUAGUCAAGUCAGCAGCGCAGAGACGUCGUCGUUUAUGGUCGUUGGCCAAGAAAAACCCAUAAAUUAGCCGCGUCGUUUUGUAAGCCGCACGGUUCAAAACGUAUGGAAAAAAGUAGCGGCUUAUAGUCCGGAAAAGACGGUAAGACUGGUCGGAUUUUCUUGUCUUACGGGUCACAAACGUCACAUGAACUGAAAAUGGUUUGCAUUUCGCUGACCUGAGACCUGCAGUUAGCCAUGUUGACUAGUAUGAAAAAUGUCCGCCACUAUAAAAUCAUGUCAUGUUCAGUCGUGGUCAAAAGUUGACAUACACUUGUAAAGAACAUACGGUAAUGUCAUGGCUGUCUUGAGUUUCCAAUACUUUCUACAACUCUUAUUUUUUUGUGAUGGAAUGAUUGGAGCACAUACUUGUUGGUCACAAAAAACAUUCAUGAAGUUUGGUUCUUUUAUGAAUUUAUUAUGGGUCUACUGAAAAUGUGUGCAAAUCUGCUGGGUCAAAAGUAUACAUACAGCAAUGUUAAUAUUUGCUUACAUGUCCCUUGGCAAGUUUCACUGCAAUAAGGCGCUUUUGGUAGCCAUCCACAAGCUUCUGGCAAGCUUCUGUUUGCAUUUUUGACCACUUCUCAUGACAAAAUUGGUGCAGUUCAGCUAAAUGUGUUGGUUUUCUGACAUGGACUUGUUUCUUCAGCAUUGUCCACACGUUUAAGUCAGGACUUUGGGAAGGCCGUUCUAAAACCUUAAUUCUAGCCUGAUUUAGCCAUUCCUUUACCACUUUUGACAGGUGUUUGUGGUCAUUGUCCUGUUGGAACACCCAACUGUGCCCAAGACCCAACCUCCGAGCUGAUGAUUUUAGGUUGUCCUGAAGAAUUUGGAGGAAUAAUCCUCCUUUUUAAUUGUCCCAUUUACUCUUUGUAAAGCACCAGUUCCAUUGGCAGCCAAACAGGCCCAGAGCAUAAUACUACCACCACCAUGCUUGACGGUAGGCAUGGUGUUCCUGGGAUUAAAGGUCUCACCUUUUCUCCUCCAAACAUAUUGUUGGGUAUUGUGGCCAAACAGCUCAAUUUUUGUUUCAUCUGACCACAGAACAUUCCUCCAGAAGGUCUUAUCUUUGUCCAUGUGAUGUCAGAUGAAACAAUAAUUGGAAUAUUUUCAUGUUUGCUGGAUGAACUGCUGAUUCCAGUAAUGCAAUGUGUACAUGCCUCAGUGCCAGUACUUGUAUGUAUACCAAUGUACUUAAAUAGUUUAAAAAAAACCUCUGCUAUGCUAACACACGGUACACCAGAAAAGACUUGGCAGCUGCGUACAUCCGACUUGUGAGAGUCCACAUCACAACAGGCCAAACUUUGGUCAGCAGCAAACACCAGAACGCUGACAAAUGUCCGUCACACAAAUCAAAAUAGACGUGAUUGCCACUCGCCGUUUUAUUUAUCUGUUAAUUUAUUGUGACUUGUGACUAUCAGAUCGACUCAAGUGGGACUUGAAAUGGGUGAAGAUAAAUAGUGAGCACGUGAAAGGACACAAUCAUCCUUCCUUAUGUGCGUUUUUACUGUCUUUUUUGUAAUUUAAGGAUUUUAGGUUGAAAAUAGAGCAGAUGUUGUAAUAUCAUGACAAUUUUUACCUGUGGA